GAGUUUUCAAAGCAGCGGUCUGACAGUAAGCGGUCGGCUUUCGGAGCGUUCGGGUCGUUCGUUCGUCGAGUCUCGAAUUGCUGGCAAACGUAAGGUUAAAUUGCGAUUGUUUUUCUAAUCGUCGACGUUCAGUUUCUCCUCAGUUCCAAGAAACGUCGCGCUAUACAUAAUCGGCAGUUUGUUUCCGAGUGCAGUCUUACGGUUGGUGCCGAUGGGAACACGCUCCGGUAGCGUCGGAGGUGCUCGUUGAAAACAGUGCCGCGUUCCGUAACGCAUCGCAAAAAAACAUUAACGCAGCGAGUAGUAUUCACGUUGGUUGAAGUUACUAAUUGCAAAUUAGUGAUCGUGAGUGCAGAAAGAAUUUCGGGAACAAAUCUCUGCAGGUGAUAUUAAAACUAGAGAGUUUACUUAGAUAUACGGUUCGUCGAUUCAUACGAAAAAACGGCGCGCAGAGAGCGUCGUUGGAAAGCCCGAGUAAACGCACAGUCGAAAGUUUGUGUUUGACGACAAAUAUCAGAGGAAUCGGUUAGCGUUGCAUAUACGUAGUGACGGUAGUCAUUUUAUUUAUCUUUGGACGUUAAAAUCGGCGCCGACUUUGGGAGAAAGGGAUCGGUUUUCUUUCACGGAAAAAGUCUACCGCUGACCCCACCGACGAUUAGGAUCUACAGUGAUUUUCACUUCCGAGAGCUCGGUUAUGGCGGUUCUCGGAUUCGGGAACUACGGAGUUUGAAACAGUUUGCCGACUUCCUGGAAAAUUGGAAAAUGUUCUUUCUCAAGAUGACGAUACCUGUCAAGCACGGACUGAUCGCCCUGUCGCUCCUAACUGCGAUGUGCCAGGGCAACGAGCUAAAGGACUACUGCUCCAUGCAUAAAUUUGACAAUCUACCACCGGGUGGCCUGAGGUUCACAAAGGAGGUCGUUACAACGGAAUACGCCAACAUUGGUGCGUUCAAGGCACUUCAUUGCUGCUUACGGGGAUACAGAAGCAUCGAAUGGUACAAGGACAACAGGGCUUAUCCUUGGCCAGGUGGCGAGAGCCACUUCAUUCUGUACCCGGAGAGCGCCAACCAGACGAUUUACGCACAGAAGGUGAGAGCCUCGGACGCGGGACGAUAUUCCUGCCGGGUGAGGAACGACACGACUAUCCUCGAAGGAGAUAUCACGCUCGCCGUUCUCGGUGAGAAGUCCGGCGGAUACACGGGGAAACCACUACCGACCUACAGGCCGGCCUCGCAAUUGGUCCCUCUGGGUGGAGCAGCCAGGUUGUUUUGCGAGGCGUACCUGGGCAAGGUCGAGCUGCCAGAUGCGAAGAAUUCUGUGACCUGGUCGAAGAGCGACAGCAACGUCACCUUACCGAGUCACGGCAGGAUCGCCCAGCACAGAGUGUCCAGGGAAAACAAUCAGAUAAUCGGCUCUUACUUGGAGAUCGAGGACAUAACGCUGGAAGAUUACGGGGAGUACAAGUGCGAAGUCAGCAACGGCGUGGAUGAGGAGAUCACGUUACCGGCUCACGUUUAUCGGCAGGAGCCACAGUUCGCGCUGGGUCUACAAAACGGAUCCUGGAGAAGAUCGUUCCUUGUGGGCGUGUUGGUGCUGGUUCUGCUGAUCUCGGCCGGGGCGUUCUACGCGCGCUGCUGGCUACCUCUGGUGCUGCUCUGCCGCGACAAAUUCGCCCCCCUUGAGGAGAACGAUGGAAAGGAAUGCGACGCCCUGGUGUGCUACCACGAGAAGGACUCGAGCUUGGUCAUCGGUAUAAUGAUACCGACGCUGGAGUCGAGGCAUCGGUACAAGUGCACGGCGUUGGAGCUCUCCCAGCUGAAUCAGAAUUGGGGCGCGGAGAUCGGGCCGCACGCCGUUUCCAGUCGAAGAGUGAUCGUGAUCCUGAGCCCGGCGUCCCUGGGAAACGUUUGGAACGAAACGAGCGUGGGGACCGUCCUGAAUCAGCUGUCGUCGUUGACCGUGCCAACCAUAGUGAUCGCCACCAAGGAUCUGUCUAACACGAGCACGAUCGCGAAACGAUCGAAUCGGGGAUGCAACGACAGCAGCGAGUUCUCCCUCGAUCGUUUGAAGAUUUUGCGCUGGGACGAGAAUUACGGCAUAUCGGGCUACGGCAGCCAGAAAUUCUGGUACAAGCUGCGGCUCGCGAUGCCGCCCGUUCGACCGAUCAGCGCCGAGAGCGGUUGCCAGUCGGUCGCCAUGAUCGUUCAGGCGAACGGAAAGUGUGGACAGCAGAAGGCUCGGUCGCGCGAGAGUCUCGAAGUUCUUGUUUAACCCUUUCGACACGGCUUCGUCUUUGACCACUAUGCCUCCGUUGAACGGACAGUUUAAUAGCGAAUACGCUGCCAGAGUGUGGGACAACCACCACGCGAAUACUACUUCAUCGAAUAAGGAGCGUAACAGUUAAAUUUUGUAACGAAUUGGUGG